AAAAUAUAUUUAAUGUGAUUAAACAGAAUAUUUAUUUGAAUGUAUUUAUGGGGUUUGGGUUUGUAAAUACCCACAUGGACGAAAAAUAUAUUUUAAAUAUAUUUUAAAAAUAUUUCCAAACGGACGGACUGACAACUCAUGGGGCCCCCAGGCAAUAGGGCAUCAUGGGGCCCCUGUGUCCUUGCCCACACUCAAACCACACCCAAAAAAGCCUAUGAAAGGUACCAGGGGCAUCCAAUGGGGCCCCCUACUGACCCCGGGCCCUCGGGCAAUGCCCAAGUUCCCAAA